CCCCUUCUCUUUCUCUCUCUUUCCUAUUUUUCCCUCUUUUCUCUUUCUUUUUUGUUCCUUUUCUAUUUUUCCUACAAUAACAACAAAAACUACUACUACUACUACUACUAAUCAUCAUCAUCAUCAUCAACAACAUCAUCAGCAAGCUACAAAACCAACAACCUGAGUGUGUCUUUUACCUGUGGUGUGUUUGUGUGUGUGAGAGAGAGAGAUAGAGUGAGUGUGUGUGUAUGUGUGUAUGUGUGGUUACAUGUCUUUUUUGUUGAGCUUUUGUAACAACCACCUUACAAUACCUUAAUUAUUUUUGUUUUUCCUUCCUGUUUUUAUUCAUCUUUAUCAGUCCAAAUAUUGAAUUGAAAUUAACCAAAUAUAAAUCAGACGCUGACCACACCUUGCUUGACUCAAAGACUUAAAACUAUGGGGAGAUUGGGAGCAUUUCCUACCGAUGCGGCUUCAAGUCUGUUGGAUUUCAACCAGAAGCUUGAUAUUAACUUGUUGGAUUCCAUAGUCAAUUAUAUGUAUAAUGGUGAAGGAUCUAACCAACGUUUAGCACAAGAAAUAUUAACAACACUGAAAGAGCAUCCAGAUGCUUGGACUCGUGUUGACACCAUUCUUGAAUUUUCAAAAAACCAACAAACCAAGUAUUAUGCUUUACAAAUAUUGGAAAAUGUCAUCAAAACAAGGUGGAAAGUCUUGCCCCGUAACCAAUGCGAAGGAAUUAAAAAAUAUAUAGUUGGUCUUAUCAUUAAGACAUCAUCCGACCCUGAGUCUCUUGUUAAAGAAAAAGUUUAUCUCAAUAAACUCAAUAUGAUAUUAGUUCAGAUUUUGAAAAGAGAAUGGCCAAAGAAAUGGCCCACCUUUAUCAGUGAUAUUGUGGGAGCAAGUAAAACCAAUGAAAGUUUGUGUCAGAACAACAUGAUUAUUCUUAAACUUCUCAGUGAAGAAGUUUUCGAUUUUUCUACCGGUCAAAUGACACAAGCCAAAGCUAAGCAUCUCAAGGACACCAUGUGCUCAGAAUUCUCACAAAUUUUUCAGCUGUGUCAAUUUGUUUUGGAAAAUUCUCAAAAUCCCAAUUUAAUUCUCUGUACACUGGAAACACUUUUACGUUUUCUCAAUUGGAUUCCUCUUGGAUACAUUUUCGAGACAAAACUUAUCAGCACUCUCAUUUUUAAAUUUUUCAUCGUUCCUAUGUUCCGAAAUGUUACGCUUAAAUGUCUCACCGAGAUUGCGGCUAUUAAUGCCAUUCACUACGAAGAAAUGUUUGUCAAUUUAUUCACUCAAACAGGCCAACAACUUGAGAAUAUGCUUCCAGCUGAUACUGAUAUUCGAGAGGCUUAUGCGAUUGGAACUGAUGAAGAACAAAAAUUUGUUCAAAAUUUGAGUUUAUUUUUGUGCACUUUUUUAAAAGAGCAUGGAACUUUAAUAGAGAAACCACAGUUCCGAGAGAUUCUUAUGGGGGCGUUAAACGGUCUUCUUAUGAUUUCGGAAGUUAAUGAGGUGGAGAUUUUUAAGAUCUGUUUAGAAUAUUGGAAUACACUUGCCACCGAUCUGUACCAUGACUUUCCACCUUCAACUCAACGAGGUGCUGUCAUGCCUCCAACUUCAGUUACCAGUUAUCGCCGUGAAUUGUACAGACCCAUUUUGUCUAAACUUCGUUAUAUCAUUAUCGGUAGAAUGGCUAAGCCAGAGGAAGUAUUGGUUGUUGAAAAUGAACAAGGGGAAGUUGUCAGAGAGUUUAUGAAAGACACAGAUUCAAUACAGUUAUAUAAGAAUAUGAGAGAGACACUUAUUUAUUUAACAAAUCUUGAUGGUCAAGAUACUGAAAGGAUUAUGACUGAGAAAUUGCAAAAUCAAGUUAAUGGAUCAGAAUGGUCUUGGAAAAAUCUCAACACGUUGUGUUGGGCGAUCGGCUCGAUUAGUGGAGCCAUGAGUGAGGAAGACGAGCGCAGGUUUCUAGUCACAGUAAUUAAAGAUUUACUUGGUCUCUGUGAACAAAAAAGAGGGAAGGAUAAUAAAGCUAUUAUUGCCUCGAACAUUAUGUAUGUUGUUGGUCAAUAUCCUAGGUUUUUGCGCGCCCAUUGGAAAUUUCUCAAGACUGUUGUAAACAAACUUUUCGAAUUCAUGCACGAGACACAUGAAGGUGUACAGGAUAUGGCUUGUGAUACAUUCAUUAAAAUUGCGCAAAAAUGUCGCCGUCAUUUUGUUCAAGUCCAGAUUGGUGAAGUUCAACCUUUCAUUGAAGAAAUAUUGAGCAACAUCAACUCCAUUAUUUGUGAUUUACAACCUCAACAGGUACAUACUUUUUAUGAAGCUGUAGGCCAUAUGAUAUCCGCUCAAUCCGAUGUGCCGGCUGCUAACGCUUUGAUCAAAAAGUACAUGUUCCUUCCGAAUCAAGUGUGGGACGAUAUAAUCAAUCAAGCAUUUAAAAAUGUGGAUGUGCUCAAAGAUCCAGAUGCAGUUAAACAAUUGGGUAACAUUUUAAAGACCAAUGUGCGCGCUUGUAAAGCAUUGGGACAUCCUUAUGUAGCCCAACUUGGUCGGAUUUACCUGGACAUGUUAAAUGUUUAUAAAGUUAUGAGUGAAAAUAUAAGUGCAGCCAUCGCAUUAAACGGUGAAUCGGUUACCAAACAGCCUUUAAUCAGGAGCAUGAGAACUGUUAAAAAAGAAACAUUAAAACUUAUCUCUGGAUGGAUUGAGAAAUCAGCAGAUUCUAAGAUGGUAUUAGAAAACUUUAUUCCACCUCUUCUCGAUGCCGUACUUCUGGAUUACCAGAGAUGUGCAGUGCCUUGUGCUAGAGAACCAGAGGUACUUUCAACCAUGGCAACAAUAGUCAAUCAAAUGCAAGGUGAAAUUGCUUCAGAGAUUCCCAAAAUUUUUGAUGCAGUUUUUGAGUGUACGCUUGAUAUGAUAAACAAAGAUUUCCAAGAAUUUCCAGAAUAUCGUACCAAUUUCUAUCUAAUGUUACAAGAAGUCGUGAAUCAUUGUUUCAAAGCAUUGUUAAUGAUCCCACCUAAUCAAUUUAAACUUGUUCUUGACUCCAUUAUAUGGGCAUUUAAACAUACCAUGAGAAAUGUGGCUGACACGGGUUUACAUAUUCUACUUGAAUUAUUAGAAGACAUUGGUCGAGAACCUGCAGCAAUGCAAAGUUUCUAUCAAACUUAUUACACUGAUAUUCUUCAACACGUUUUCUCAGUGGUCACCGACACCUCUCACGUGGCUGGUUUAACACUUCAGGCCACCAUCUUGGCUUACAUGUUUUUCAUCGUUGAAUCGGGUAAAAUAACAGUACCACUUAAUCCUGUUGUUCAAGCCCAAACAAACCAAACCAAUGAGCAAUAUGUACAAGAUUUUGUGGCCAAUCUCCUCAAAGCCGCCUUCCCACAUCUCACAGAUCCACAAAUACAGUUAACAGUUCGAGGAUUUUUCAAAUUAGAUCGAGACAUAGCAGGUUUCAAAGAGAGUCUAAGAGACUUUUUAGUUCGGAUUCGGGAAUUCGCGGGUGAAGAUGAUAGUGACUUAUACCUCGAAGAAAGAGAAGAAGCCAUGAGAGUAACAGAAGCCGAGAAACGAAAACUUCAAAUGACAGUACCAGGAAUCAUCAAUCCUCAUGAACUACCUGAGGAAAUGCAAGAUUAGAACCAAGACUAAAUGAGAACCAAGCCUACACUGUUAGUUAUUUUUUGCUACAUUUUCAUCACCUUCUCUGUUCUAAUUUUGAACCUCAUCAUCUCUUUUCUUCUCUCACCAUCAUCAUUAUCAUCAUCUCUUUAUAUCUCACAAUAUCUGUGUCUCUCUCUCUCUCUCUCUUUCUCUCUAUCUCUAUCUCUUUAUCUGUCUGUCUCUCUCUCUCUCUCU